AUGGAAUCCACAUCCUCUUUCCUCACCCACAUUUCGACAGGAAAGCAUGCGCUCCCCCGCCUUCCCUACUUUCUGCACACGCUUUAUCUCUUCACUAAGUCUGACAUAAAGACAGUGGUGAUCCCCGUUACCUCCCUUGCGAUCGCAUCCGCCCCACUAGCGAGUCCCCUCCAUCUCCCACACGUCGUCUUCUGGCUCUGGCUUCAUGUCCUGCAAAUCGACCUCGCGAACCAGAGCAUGGACCCCGACGAGGACGCGAAGAACAAGAGCUACCGCCCGAUCCCGGCGAAGCGCAUCUCCGUCGCACAGACGCGUCUCCUCCGCUGGGCCAUCGUUCCCGUCUGUCUCCGCCUCUCCGCACUCUACAGCGCUCAGACCUUGUACGCAAGCGCUGCAUUCGCCCUCCUCACGCUCAUCUACAACGAGUUCGCUGCGCACCGCCGACACUGGAUCAUCCGCAACGUCAUGAACGCGCUCGGUCUCGCCGCGUUUGAGGUCGGCGCGACGCUCAUCGCGAGCGCAGAUCCGACGCGUCUAGACGGGAUCGCUCUCUGCUCUGUGCUCGUGAGCACGGCCAUCUUCGCGACGACGAUACACGCGCAGGACUUCCAGGAUGUCGACGGCGACCUCACCAUCGGCCGGCGCACCAUCCCGAUCAUCUUCGGGGACGCCGCGCGCUGGACGGUGAUUGUGCCGCUCGUGAUCUGGUCCGUCGGGCUGUCUGUUUUCUGGGGUCUCAGCGUCCCUGUGAGCGCGGCAGUGACCAUGCUCGCGGUGUGUGUGUGCGUGCUGUACCUCUGUGCACGGACGGCACGCGAGUAUCAGGUCGCAUACUUCUGGUAUAACAUAUGGCUAUCUACCGCACACUUCCUGCCCGCCUAUUGCCGGCUCUUCAGUGAGCCAUACUACGUACUGGGCCCAUGA